CCCGGUACCCCGAGGCUCACUUCGUUCUCUUCAACAUCCAUACUCCCAGCGCCGUCGUUCAACCUAGGUUCAGGUCUGCCUGACACCGCUUUCACUCAUUCCUCGAUCAUUCAACGGUUCGCGUUUUCAACUACUAUGCUUGGUGGAAUUGCGGUCGCCCUGGGCGCCGCGUUGCCUGCGCUCGCACAGAAAGCAGGCUCGUUCAUGGAGGCAGGGAAUACUCAAGUUAGCGCCAUGAUGAUGUUCCUUGGCAACGAGGAAAAGGUCUAUAUCCUCGACAAAUCGGAGGGAAACCCGGGGCAGAUAAACGGGCACCCUGCAUGGGCGUCGGUUUGGGACAUCAACACGCAUCAGAGCGAGCCGAUGGACAUCAUGACCAACUCAUUCUGUGCCUCUGGUAUGCAUCUGCCCAACGGGUCCUUCGUCACGUUUGGCGGCAACAAUGCCAUAGGUGUCGGUGGAGCGACGAGUCCUGACGGUGGAAAAUUCGACUCCGCGUACGGAGAUUAUGACGGGCGCAAGUCGAUUCGGCUCCUUAACCCAUGCACGAACGGCGACGACUUCUCGAGUGACGACUGCCAGUGGUACGACGAUCCGUCUGUACUGUCCAUGCAGAAGCUGCGGUGGUACUCCGCCGCCGAGCCACUCGCAAACGGUACGAUCGUCCUGAUCGGAGGCUUCACCAGUGGCGGGUAUGUUAACAGAAACUUCCCCAACACCGACCCCGCCUACGAGGGAGGAGGUGCCGAGCCGACGUACGAGUUCUUCCCGAGCCUGGGUACGCCUCCGGUGAUGCAGUUCAUGAUCCAGACCUCGGGCCUGAACUCCUACGCUCAUUCGUACCUGAUGCCCUCGGGCAAGAUGCUUGUCCAGGCCAACCACUCCACUAUUCUCUGGGACUACAACACUAACGAAGAGACGGCUCUUCCUGACAUGCCCAACGGUAUUGUUCGAGUGUACCCAGCUUCUGGUGCCACAGCCAUGAUGCCACUCACCCCAGAGAAUAACUGGAUACCUACUCUCCUCUUCUGCGGUGGUACAGACAUGCCCGAUGACUACUAUGGCGACUACUCUUGGCCCCACUACAAUACCUGGACAUACCCCGCAACAACCGACUGCCAACAGCUCACCCCUGAACCGCAGGAUGGCUCUUCGCCAAAGUACAUCAAGGACGAUCCUAUGCUGCAAGGUCGCACCAUGGGCCAGUUCGUCACGCUCCCCGACGGCACUAUGCUAGUCAUCAAUGGCGCCUCCAACGGUACCGCUGGCUUCGCCAACCGCACGCUCGACGUCCAGACGCUCGACGAGAUGCCCUACUUUGAGUCACUUGCUUCUGGACCCGUUACCCAGCCCGCGAUCUACAACCCGAAGGCACCCGCCGGACAGCGCUGGUCCACUGCCGGCCUCGGCAGCUCGAACAUUGCUCGCAUGUAUCACUCCACUGCAAUUCUCCUCCCGGACGGCUCCGUCCUCCUUGCAGGCUCGAAUCCAAAUCUCGACGUCCAGACAAACGUGGUCUACCCAACUCAGUACACCGCCGACAUCUUCUACCCGCCCUACUUCUCCGCCUCCGUACGUCCGUCCGUGUCAGGAGUGCCCCAAACGCUCUCGUACGGAGGACAGGGCUUCGACCUGACAGUCGCCAAGGGCUCGUACGAGGGCGGCCCGGGUGCGAAUGCCGCCGCAGCGAACACGACCGUUGUCCUUGCGCGCCCGGGAUUCUCGACGCACGCGAUGAACAUGGGCCAGCGCCAUCUGCAGCUAAACAACACAUAUACGGUGAACGAUGACGGUUCGUUCGUGCUGCACGUUGCUCAGGUUCCGCCGAACCCGAACCUGAUCCAGCCGGGUCCUGCACUGCUGUUCACUGUUGUGAACGGGAUCCCAAGCAACGGCACAAUGGUCAUCGUCGGUAAUGGGCAGGUCGCCAACCAGCCAACGCAGGCUGCCGCUGCUCUCCCCGCGAGCUCGACUUCGAGCGGCGGCGGCAGUGUCGGUGGCAGCGGUAACGGCGCUUUCCAGCCGUCGAUGCACAAGGGUGGUGUUCUAGCCUCUAUCACUGGCAUUAUCGCCGCCCUCGCAUUCCUUUAAUCGCAGCUUACUAGUUUUAUUCCAUCUCUGGUGCAGGCGUGCCUUCCUUUAUAUCAUGAAAAUUGGACUUUACGUGGUUUUUCUUAUAGCAUGGACGACGUGACAUACAUGGACCAACUCUACAUCAGGGACUAUACUGAUACUGAACUCAAGCUGUGGUCUUGCUGGUGUACUGAGCUCGAUUACAUCUAAUCUUCAUGUGGGCUCAAAUAUAUGCAUAGCUACGAUUGCUAUGCCUUCGUCAAAGUCGCAGGCGCGAACAAUGAGACUUGACUUGAUCAAAGCCAUGUGUGGCUCAACGAGAUUAGCAAGAGCAAUAUCAUCGUUAUCUACAGUAGUUCGUUUGUCAAAGACUAGAGCACAUACAGGGUAGCCCAGUAGCCCUCAUUUCCGAUUGUCCCCAGAUAUGCUACUGAGUCUGGGCUCAUGAGUGAGCUCACUGGCAUUAAUGAAGUGGUACGAAUCUAAUACUAGGUUCAAGAAACCGACAUGCUGGAUGAUAAUAUUUGGUCGGGCCAGGCAUGCACCUAACCUUCAACAUAUUUUCGCUAAAGC